AUGGCCGAGAACGAGGUAGACCUCGACUCUAUCAUAGACCGUCUCCUUGAGGUCAGGGGCAGCAGGCCCGGCAAGCAGGUUCAGCUGCUCGAGACUGAAAUCCGCUAUCUGUGCACCAAGGCGCGAGAGAUCUUCAUCUCGCAGCCCAUUCUCCUCGAGCUCGAGGCACCAAUCAAGAUCUGCGGAGAUAUCCACGGCCAGUACUACGAUCUGCUCCGACUCUUCGAAUAUGGCGGCUUCCCUCCUGAGGCCAACUACCUCUUCCUCGGUGACUACGUCGACCGUGGCAAGCAGUCGCUAGAGACCAUUUGCCUGCUCCUCGCCUACAAGAUCAAGUACCCCGAGAACUUUUUCGUCCUCCGCGGUAACCACGAGUGCGCCUCAAUCAACCGUAUCUACGGUUUCUACGACGAGUGCAAGCGAAGAUACAAUAUCAAGCUAUGGAAGACGUUCACCGACUGCUUCAACUGCCUGCCCAUCGCUGCUAUCAUCGAUGAGAAGAUCUUCACCAUGCACGGUGGUUUGAGCCCUGACCUGAACUCCAUGGAGCAGAUCAGGCGAGUCAUGCGACCUACUGAUAUCCCUGACUGCGGUCUUCUCUGCGAUCUUCUGUGGUCUGAUCCUGACAAGGAUAUCACCGGCUGGAGCGAGAACGACAGAGGUGUCAGUUUCACAUUCGGUCCCGAUGUCGUGUCACGCUUCCUGCAAAAACACGAUAUGGAUCUUAUCUGCCGUGCCCAUCAGGUCGUAGAAGACGGCUACGAGUUCUUCUCAAAGCGGCAACUCGUCACAUUGUUCAGUGCGCCGAAUUACUGCGGUGAAUUUGACAAUGCAGGUGCGAUGAUGAGCGUCGACGAGAGCUUGCUAUGCUCCUUCCAGAUCCUGAAACCUGCCGAAAAGAAACAAAAGUACGUACCGAAGUUCAGCAACAGCAGACCGUCAACUCCUCGUAGCAAAGGAGCUUGA